CCUUUGGACUAAACGAAGUUGGAAACUUAAAGAUGAAUGCCAUUAUAUCAUUGUGUCAUUUUUGUGAGUUCCAUGGCCCAAGGAUUUUAUUUUGUACUCAGCCAAUUCACCAGCAGGAGAGCCUUCAUGAUAGUGAUGGUAACUCAUCUGAUUCCGGGUCAGUCUUACGAGACAGGGGAUUUCGUUCACCCUCUCUCAGCUCUGGUCGAUCAGGAGAACCAUUAACACCUGUCAUACUCUCACCCAAAACAGAUUCUUGUGAAGCUUGUUAUUCUGUCCAGUCUGGAUACGUCAGCCAUGAUGAUGAAGCUCAGGUGAGCUAUGUCAGCAAUCAGCAUCCUCAUCAUCCACAGGUGUUUUCCAUGGUGCGACAGGCAUGUGUGAGGAGUCUUAGUUGUGAGGUGUGUCCAGGCAGAGAAGGUCCUAUAUUUUUUGGAGAUGAACAGCGUGGUCAUGUGCUGAGUUAUACAUUUUACAUCAGAGACAGUCAGGCACGGGGCCUGCAGAGGUGGUACAGUAUCCUUGUUAUCAUGAUGGAUAAGAUCUACCUGCUCAACUCCUGGCCAUUUCUCGUGCCAAAUUUGAGAGUGGUCAUUAACAAACUGCAGCAGAAAGCACAGAGGGUUCAUGAUGAGGAACAGACCCGUUGUCCUCAGAGGUCCUUUAGACUGAUUAAUUCAGGUAUGAGUGUCACACCUGGCAACUUCAGACAUCAGAGAGGCGUCAACAGACCAGCAAGGUCGUUGGUGGAAUUGACUGAUGACAGAACUGUAUUCAAACUUCUCCAUGUGUCUUUUGCAUGGAUUCUAAAGGCUUGUGGUAACAGGAUAACAGAAACACUGCUAGAGGGACCUCCUACAGAGGAUUCCAUCAUUGACAUGGAGAAACAGGAAGAAACUGAAGAAGGAUUUAUCAAGUUAUUUUCAAAAAAAGUGGGUCUUGAAGAUGAAGAAAGUGCAGAAAGCAGCUCAACCAAAGAACAGGGUGACACAGAGGCCAAAGGGGAGGUAACUGGGGCAAUAGAAGGGAGUUCAGUGCUGUGUAUAAAGAAUCUCAGAAAACUGCUUCAGAUCCUUGGAGAUCACAAAUUCCAAGUCCUAGCGCACCAUGUUGUCAUUGGCAACCAGAUAAUUGUGAGAGGAAGUCAUAAAGCUGUUGUCAGAGAUAUCCUGAAUUGUUUAAAGUGUUUAUUGCCCAGAGGCUGUAGCAGGGUUGUCCCAUACAGUACCUCAUAUGAAGAGUCCUGGAAAUGCAAUUUUUUGGGUUUGGCACCAGAUGUCGCUGUUCCGAGUCAUGUGAUAUCAGAUGAGAUGUUUCUACUGGUCAUUGUUGACCCCAUUGACAAGUGCCAGGAUGCUGAUUGCGUGAAGCUGGAUAUGUUUGAGUAUGAGUUACAGUCAGCCACAACUUUACCUUCCAAAGGGCCAAGUGUCCUAGGCAAAAUGGUAUUGGCUUUGAAAAAUGGAAACCUGAAUGAUGAAGUUGUGGAGCAGUGCUUGAUUUGCAUCAAGGAAGAGUGGAUGAACAAGGUGAAAGUGCUAUUUAAGUUCACAAAGGCUGGUGGGAGUCGUUCUGAAGAGGAUCGUAAAAAGCUGUUACAGGUAGUGGGAGCCCAGCCUGAGGAUAAGCCCAUGUUAAAAUUUUGGAUGACAGGACUCAGCGUGCAAUACAGGACUCAUAUUUUGUCUGCUUCAAAAAGUCAGGCCAGUCCCUUGUGAAGAACUUGGCAGGCUGUACUUGUACAGGAUACUUGGUUCUUGUACUUCCUGAAUUUCUUUACCCAUUUGAUAAAGCAGCAGAUAGCUAAAAUCUGCAGUUUCCUCACACGGUGUUGUACAUGACUUCCUUACUACUUUAUCUCUGUAAUGGUCAUAUCUGUCAAGUGACCUGUAUUAAACUACGUGUAAUUUGGUUCUAGGUCGUGAUUCAAGGCUACAUGUGACAGAUGAGUAUUCGAUGUUAUGCAUGCAUCUUUACUAUAAUACAUGACAGUCAAACAGUUGUCUCAUCGAAAAAAGAAUUACAGAAUAUUAGUAUUAUGAUGUUCACAACAUGUACUAACAGCAAGUACCCAUAAUCAUUUUGCUGUAAUAAUCUAAUAGGUGCUGUAAUGAUAUAUAGGUUAUUGGUAUUCAUGAUUGUGCAUUGUAAUAUUUUGUCAAGGUGUUUCACUAGGGAAGGUCAUCAGUAAGUUAAUUGGUUCAUAAUGCACUGCUGGUAGUGCCAAGUGUCAUUGAUCUCAGGUUCUCAAAAUAUGUGGAAAAAGAUAAAUAAAAAACAUUGUCUUUUCUUAUUUUCAUAUUUUAGUAAUAGACUGAAAAUGAUGCAAUAGACAUGACAUAUACUGAUUAAGGAGUUAUUGUUUUCAUGAAGUUUAGGCUAUGAUGAAGGAGCAUAACUAUGUGAUUGUCAGAUUAAGAUUGGUGUGUAAGUGGCUUGACUACAGGAUUAUGCUAGGAACAGUGUCAUAACUGGUGACUCCUUGAGCAGGCUGUUCUCUAUUCAAAACCUGAACACACCGGUUAUGAAUUAACAUCUUUUAUGAACCUUUAUGUAUGACGUUGGGCGAAUCUCCAAUCCUUUCGUUCUUGCAACAACCUAAUCAUUAUCAGAUGGAACCCUUGUAAACCUUUAAACAUCAACUUCCGUAAGUUGUUUGGACACCACUUUCCAACCCUGGACCCAGGAGCAUGAAGCCGUCUUAGACUUAAGUCAGAAAUAGUCUUAACUAAUUUAUUUGUGAACUUGUAGUCUUAACUAAUUUAUUUGUGAACUUGUAUUUGAACUUCAGCACAAAAUUUUAAAUUUGUUACAAACUUUGUAGACAACUCUAAGUGUUGAAAUAAAAAUUUGUAUGGUGAGCCACAAUUUAAGUACAGGAAACUGUUUUAAAGUUAAGACAUAGUCUGACUUAAGUCUACGACAGCUUUGUGAUAUGGGGCCUGGCCUUCAUACUUUAUAAAUUUCAAGAACAGGAGUCUUUAAGAAGGCUAUCAACACUGAGAUACUUAAGGUAUACUAAAUGACCUAAAAUGUCAUCCACAAAAGUGCAUUUUUAGAGAGAAAUAAAUGUAAGUAAAUAUUAUUUUUGGUGCUGAAACUUACACUUUUCCAGUAGAGUAUCAUUCCAUGUUCCAGGCAAACCUCAAAACACCUUUCUAAAAUCAGUAGGAGUCUUAGAACCAGGAAAAUAGUCAAGUUAGCCAUGGACGAUAGUUAUGGUCAUUUAGUGCACUUUUCUGAUCACCAUUGUUUGCCUUGAAAACCUUUUUUGGCAAUAUGUAUGUGAGAUACAAGAGUUUUAGUUUCAAUAACUAUUCCUUAUGACAAACACAAUAACAUUGGUCAGUAACAUUUUUGACAUCGUCUGUUUAUUUGCUUAUUUGAAUGUUCAGUGCUUGAUUCAGGAAGACUUCACUUAUCAGUAAAUGUUGUUAGGCUCAUGGGUGGAAGGACUUCAGAUGGGCUCAUUGCCAGGUAUCUGAUAAACCUGACACAAAGUCAAAUGUGAAUACUGCACCCCAGCCUGCAACUCAUUGGCCAAAACCAGGGAAAUUUCCUACAAAAGCCACUGUCCCCAUUUUCUGACAUUACAAGUGACUUUCGGUUAGUUGUGUUCAGCCAUACUAUAUAUAGAAACAUCAACUUACGUUAUUCAAAAAGGCUCUACUCCAUAGGAUUUUUCGCAUUCAAGUAAAAUCAAGUGUUUGAAGGUGUAUGUUCCAAGCUGUUACCUUUAUGAUACCUAAUUAUAUUGCUGAUGGUCACUAAAGGACUUCAGAAGCACCUUGACCCAGCACUGAGGAGCCCUUAUAAAUUUGUCUCCAUAGCUCCUUAAAGAUUUAUGAUCACUAUUGUGGAUCUUACUGGCCAUCAGUGGUGGUCUUAAAAAAAAGUUCAUGUCCAUCGCAGAAUAUUAAAUCAAUCAUUCAUUAAUGCAUUUAGAAAUAUUUCAUCUGGUGAGUUUGGUUGUGGGUUUAUGUAACGUGUUUGGGCCCCAUACCUGCAAGAAGUGGCUAUUUAUUUGGUUGGUGUUCUAUGUCGUGCUCAAGAAUAUUUCACUUAUACGACGGCGGCCAGCAUUAUGGUGGGAAGAAACCGGGCAGAGCCCGGGGGAAACCCACGACCAUCCGCAGGUUGCUGGAAGACCUUUCCACUUACGGCCAGAGAGGAAGCCAGAAUGACCUGGACUUGAUGUCACAGCGACCGCAUUCGUGAGAGGCUCCUGGGUCAUUACGCUCGCUAGCGCGCUAACCAACUGAGACACAGAGGCCCCCGCCAAGAGGUGGUGGUCAACUAGUGGCAUUCCCUUUUCUCCACCCAUGAACUUGAAAAACUUUUGAAUAGGGCAUUAAACAUAGGCCAGAUAAAAGAAUAAUAAAUAAAUGAGUAAAUAACAGUCGAAAGUAUUUCUGAUCAUCACUAUAAUAGCCUUCGGAAACCUUCCUCAUCAACCAGAAGCUUCUAAAUCUUCUCGUAUCAUCUCUGCUGGUUUAGCCUUCUACAUAUCACUCAAAGCCUUCCAAACUACAUUUGGCCAUCCCAUAUGCGCCGCAGAGAACUUCCAGGUAGAGGAGAUCACUACUGACAAUCAGAAAACGUUUAUCCAUCACUGGUCUUUCAAGAACCCAUAUGGCCAUCAGUGGUCAUCACGGCGAGGUACUGCCACUUUUCUGGUCAUUGUCAAGCAACGAUUUUGAUCAAGAAUUUCUCGGUGCCUGGGUUCAGCCGAUCGAUCGUACAUGAGGAGCGUUUGGGGACCAUUAUAUUCAUUCACAGAAAUCUCCUCUGUCUUCUUGUAAUUGACGUAAUUUCAAAUGCAUAUAUAUAUAUAUUUAUAUGUUUA